GUGAUCGCCGAUGAGUUGCGCUUUUUGAAACUCAAUGGCGGCGACUCUGUGGUCGAAGUGACCACUUUUGGCAAGAGUUUGCCCGAACUCAGGGACAUGUCUGUCAAGUCGGGCGUUAACAUCAUAGCCGGCGCCGGCUUUUACGUACAGAGCGCUAUGCCUUCCCAUGUUGUCCAAUACACGACUGAACAGAUUUACGACGAGAUUAAGUCUGAUCUAUUGGUGGGCGUGAAUGGCAUUAAGUGCGGUGUUAUCGGCGAAAUAGCCAGCGAUUGGCCGAUCAAUCCGUUCGAGAGGCGAGCGCUGGUGGCCACGGCUCAGGUGCAGCGCGAGCUGAAUGUGCCGGUGAUCUUACAUCCGGGCCGUAACGCCGACGCACCCAAAGAGAUAAUGCGGAUACUUCUGGAGGCCGGCGGUCGGGCCGACAAGACUGUUAUGUCUCAUUUAGACCGCACUCUUAAUGACAACGAAUUGCUAGAGUUCGCAGAAAUCGGUUGUUUCAGUGAAUUUGAUUUGUUUGGCAGCGAAUGCUCUUAUUAUGAAUUAAGCGACGCUUUCGAUAUGCCUAACGACGCGACAAGAAUUAGACGAUUAAAACUACUGAUUGACCACGGAUUUGGUCAUAGGAUCACAAUUUCGCACGACAUCCACACCAAACACCGACUCGUAAUU